AUGUCUGCCAAGACAGCUCUCGCCUUGUCAGCCACCAAAGUCUGGUCUCGGGGCCGCUACCGCUGCGUUGGACGCAUCUCGACGUCGAGAAAGCCAACAUAUGGGCUUGCGUUUUCUCCCGAUGCCACCCUGCUGGCUAGCGGAGGCAAAGGCGGUAUUCGCAUCCAUUGCGUACGUAACAUGUGCGAUAUCGAGACGCUACCUUCCAAGAUUUCGGAGAAUAUCUACGGCGCUGUCACGGAGCUCAAAUGGGUACGAACUGAAGGCCAGUCCAGUGCGCUAAUCAUUGGUACGAAGGGUGGAUUUGUAUUUGUUUGGGGAGAGGAGAAUAAAAUCUUCAAGGAGAGGCACAGCUGGCGACUCCCUCAGGGCGGCGAAAUACUUUCUCUGGCAGUGAACAUCGACCCUCGGCGGGUCCGGCUCGCCGUCGGUACAAUAGAUCGUAUUCUUGCAUGUUACGACAUCACGGCGGAGAACCUCGGUAAUGCAUGGUCUGCGUCGUUGGACGAGGUUGAGCCUCGUAGGAUCGAGUUCGCGAGCAACGGGCGGGACGUUACUAUCCUCGGUACCUUCUCUGGCCAAAUUCAUACAUAUCAUAAACGGGAGCAAAACCUUACCAAUGGUCCGAGCCUAUCUCAGUUGAUCGGGCAUGGCGCUAUGGACAAAGAAGGGAAUGUUGUCAUCGACAACACGAACAACUUUAGUUUGCACGACCCCGGGACAGGUUCUUUGGUGGCAAUGUACAGCGCUGGGUCCAGAACAACGGCGAUGCCCAAUCAAGUUGCAUUCGGUGAAGAUGGGGCCAUUGUGGUGGCUGGGAGUGACACUGGGAAUGCCUAUGUCUUCCAGAGGACUGGCGGCGGGCCGGAGCAAAUAUUACUCAACUCACAAGACGGAGCUACACAAAUUGUUACUACCGGUGAUAGCGCCACGAUGCACUACAUUGCAUGCGCCACCUCCUCGGUGACAGGCACAAGUAGUAUAUCCAUCUGGAAGUGUAAACGCGCAACCCUGGUCGGCGAUCCAGAGGCUGGCGACAGGGACGAGACUAAAGAAAAGUUCUGGCAUCGGUUGCUAUGUUGGAUUACCAAGCUCGUUAUGGUCAUUGUCGCGGUGCUUGGCCUUUUGGUUGGGGGGCCGUUGCUCUGGUUUUUUAUAAAGACCGAGCUCCCCAUAAUCUGGAUACAGUGGUCGAAGACACUCUGGCCUUAUAUUGUAAUGUACGGAAGACGCAUUGCGCAGCUGUACGGACUCGCAUAA